AUGCCAGGUAAAGAUAUAAAAGAGACCUGGUGUGGUGACUCUCCAACAACUUCCAUUCAAACCAAGGAGCCACCAAAGUCAUCCCGCCGAAUUCGAAACGAUCAGAAAUGGGACUCACUUAGGGAGGAAAUCUACCGCAUAUAUAUUACUGAGAACAAUACUCUGCAGAAUACUAUGCGAGCUGUUCUUGAGAUACAUGGUUUCAAAGCAAGGUUCAUUCACCCUAUAUGGGCCAAAACCACAGUGGUGCUAAAGUUUGAGUACAGUGAGCGCAAGUGGAAACAGAAGCUUAAAGAAUGGAAUUUUGAUAAAAGUAUCUCCGCCCAUGAUAUGAACAUCGUGACAGCGAAAGUUGGGAAGAGGGCCAGAGAAGAGGGCAAAGAGACUGUGAUCUUACACGGAGAGGCGCCGAUUACACGAGAGAGGAUUGAACAGUUCAAGAGAAGGAAGACGACCAAGGAUGUUGAGCCCGUAUCACCGAGUGCAGAAACACCUGCAAACAUAUCUUAUCACACAUCGUGCUCUAAUUACGCAGAGAUUCCUUCGGAGCUGUUGGCAUCAGACGGGGACAACGCUACAGCGGUGGCUUCUAAUACUGGCUCCUCGCCGUUUCAGGGGCCUUCUGGUCCCUCACCAUUAACCCAAUACCUUUCUGCUAAAAGCAGUGCACUGACAACCAUUGCUGAGACAUUUUUAAAGAACGUGCUAGACCACGAAGUAGCUUCUAAGGAUAAUCCAGGCACUCCUCGUCUCCCAGUCACACCAGACGUCAUAGAAUCUCAACGUGUGCCAAACACCCAGUCAUCCGAGCCAGAGAUUGCGGAUCUGGGUUUAUCUAGUAGUCAUAUGGACUCGGAAAUUGCUGUCAGUUCGAAUGGAGACUAUAUGACCCCAGAAUUGCCUGUUCCAGAUCCAAGGGAAAGGUUGGAAGGUCUUCCAAGCGAUGACGAACUCCCAACACUUUUUCAAAUAUCAGCAGUGAUACAGGCACGAGAAAUCCCUUUCACGGAGUCGAUUUUGGAAGAAUACCUGAACGAGAAUGGAGUAAUUGAGCACCGAAUCCGCCCGUUUCCAAAUUCUCCGGAUAGGCAACAAUCCCCAGAAUCGCCAUUUGAGGUCCUUGCCGACAAGCCUUCAAUACAUCUCGAAGCAGAUAUAUCCACAUUGUCGACACCCGAAGGCAGCUUCCAGAGUAACACUUGCCCCAAGGAACGAAUCUUCCGCCGAAAGAAGUCAAAAGAUUGCAAAGCCUUCGGCCAUGCUCUCAACAUAUUAGCAAAUGAAUACGAAAAGCGGAAUCUCCUGAGCCAAGCUUUGGUAGCAAUUCUUGUCGUGGAGCUCUACUGCAGGAGAAUACUCGGACAUUCUAGCACGAAUUCAAUGAUAUGUCUCUACAACAGAGCACGAAUUUUUAGAAAGCAAGGGGAAUUCAAGCUUUCAGAGGCAACUUAUCGGCAAGCAAUUGAAGGCUGCAGACCUCUAGGUGAGAUUAGGCUGCGAGUCAAAUUCCAACUAUUCCUUGGAACCCUUUAUGGCAGUCUCAACCGAGACCAUGAAGCUCUGUAUCUCCUAAUUGGGACCAUUGUGGAAUAUUACACCCCAGAACUACCUCUUCCAGACACACAACUACUCAGGCUUAUUUCAGCUGUACAAAAGUUGCAUACCAAGAUGGAUGGAGCCGGGGAACUGCGUGAUGUGAUUAAGAGUAUCAGGGCCAUAGAAAUGACUCUGAAGCAUCCCUUGCCGCCUGACGGGCCAGUAUCUUUUGGUAUCAAAAAAUGGUAUUUAUUUUUGGAGCUUGGAUUGGUGUAUUCGAACUUAGAGAUGUUUGACAUUGCGGACUUGUGUUUUGCAUUAGAAGGACCCGAACAACUGGAUCACGGCUACUUCAGAGAUUCGAUGGAACUACCAUAUGCUCGAAGAGACCUCUGCGUAUACUAUCGAGGACAAAACAAGAUCUCAGAGAGCCUUGAGCAUUUAAAAUUGUCUUUCGAAGCUAUGUUCCCCAUCAGGGCAAUGGGGACCCUACGCUCUCAAAGCUUCGUGGAUGGCUUAAGGCUUCUAGUAGUUGAAUUACGGCCGGCAAACCCAAUAGGAUGGACAGAAUUUGGUUUCAUGAGAGCCUGGGAACUGGCAAAAGAAUCAUAUGAAGAACUACUCGCUUUCCCAAAGUCGAGAGGCGCUCGAUCUAAAAUUGCCCAAAGUGUUUCAAGCUAUGGAACCUCCCUAUUUUCAAUCCAUAGCUCAAGCUCCAGAUUCGGCGUUACUUACUCCGUGGGCUCCUCUGCCUCUGUCGUCAGUAAUUCAACGUUCAUGGUUCCAUGA